AUGGAUGACAAGGUCAAGCAGCACUAUCUGGCCGACUCGCCCCCCACAGUAGUUCGACUCGAAGUCAAGUCGCAUUUUGAUUCACUCAGAGAUCCUAAGCUAAGAAAAUAUGCCCAUUACCUGAGCAGAGCUGCAUUCGAAGGUACCCGCAUCACUUUGCGUCAAGUCUCGCCUGAAUCCGAGCCUAUCUACGAUCUUAUCAUUUCCCUUCACAAUGCCUGUGACGGAGAUUGGGCCAGUCUAGCGAAGAAGACUGGUGUGAGCGACGAACACCUUCGUUUCUUCCUGGAAUAUGCUGCGCAGUUCCUCGGAAAUUGUGGUAACUACAAGGGAUUCGGAGACUCGAAGUUUAUCCCACGGCUGCCUGUUACCGCGUUGGAGGCCCUGGCUUCCGUAACACCAGAGACGAAGCAAGCUUUUGAAAAGGCUAACAGCAUCGGAGGGGGAAUUUACGAGACAAAUGAUCAAUCCCUUAUGCACUUGGGUUAUCCCGAAAAUGGCCAUAUGACUACCUACUAUCCUGACUCGCCCACUAUCACCAAGGAUGAGAUCACAGCCAUUGGAGAUUUGAUGGAGCAGAAGGGCUUGCCCUUGGAGAAUACGCGCAUCAAAAAGGGCCCCUCGGGCGACUUCGAACUCUUGAUUGCAUCGGGUGUAUCCUCACCUCCAGUGAGGGACCGCGAUCUUGGUGACGUCACAACCCUGGAGCUGGGCGGAGCGCUGAAAGGGAAAAAUGUUCAUCUUGUUUUCGGUGAUUAUAGGGAAGAGAUGGCGAAGAUCGCCCAUAGCGUCAAGUUGGCUUCGCUGAACGCAGCCAACGACAACCAGAAGAGAAUGCAUGAUGCCUAUGCUCUUUCAUUCGCUUCCGGAUCUAUUGAAGCCUUCAAGGAGGCUCAGCGUAUCUGGGUCAAGGAUCAGAAGCCGAUCUUGGAAAGCAAUCUCGGAUUUGUGGAAACAUACAGAGAUCCCCAUGGAGUGCGUGGAGAGUGGGAAGGGUUCGUUGCACUGGUUAAUCUCGAGCGCACUCGUGCCUUUGGAAAGCUUGUGGACAGUGCCGAAAGCAUGAUCCCCAAGCUCCCAUGGGGUAAGGACUUUGAGAAGGACAAGUUUCUUAGUCCUGAUUUCACAUCUUUGGAAGUUCUCAGCUUCCAAUCCUCUGGUAUUCCUGCUGGUAUCAAUUUGCCCAACUAUGACGAUAUUCGUCAGAACCUAGGAUUCAAGAACGUCUCCCUUGGAAAUGUUCUGAGUGCCAAGGCUCCUAAUGAGCCUGUGCCUUUCAUCCCUGAGAAGGACCUGGAGGUUUAUCGCAGAUGCCGUGACCCAGCAUUCGAAGUACAGGUCGGCAUUCAUGAGCUUUUGGGACAUGGAACAGGCAAGCUGUUGCAAGAAACUGUUCCAGGAGUGUAUAAUUUCGACGUGUCAAACCCUCCCGUAAGCCCGGUCACGAACAAGCCCGUGGCCAGCUGGUACAAGCCUGGUCAGACCUGGAGCUCUGUCUUUGGAGCUAUCGCAUCUUCCUAUGAAGAGUGUCGGGCGGAGUGCGUAGCUAUGGUUCUUAGCUGCGACUUCAGUAUUCUCAAGAUUUUCGGAUUCGGCGACGGCACAGUUGACCUCAACAACGAGGCUGGUGAUGUGCUAUUUGCAGCAUAUCUCCAGAUGGCUCGCGCUGGCCUAGUCGCCCUCGAGUUCUGGGAUCCAAAGACCCAGAAAUGGGGACAGGCUCAUAUGCAAGCUCGUUACAGUAUUCUGCGCACUUUCCUGGACGCCGGAGAUGGCUUUGUCAAGCUUGCUUAUACCAAGGAAGAUCUGUCCGACCUCGAGAUUCAAUUGGAUCGUUCGAAGAUCCUGACUCACGGACGACCCGCUGUGGAGAGAUAUCUACAGAAAUUGCAUGUCUACAAGAGCACUGCCGACGUGGAAGCAGGCAAGCAAUUGUAUGAUGAUAUCACUUCCGUGGAUGAGUGGUGGGGAACCAAGGUGCGCGAUAUCGUCCUGAAGAACAAGAUCCCUCGCAAGAUCUUCGUGCAGGGCAACACCAUCUUGGAAGGGGACGAGGUGACGCUGAAGGAGUACGAACCCACGCUGGAGGGUAUGAUCCAGAGUUUCGUUGAGCGCCAUGUUUAA